UUUAGCAGACAACACGUCGAAAAUGGCUGACUCUGGCCCAAGUAAAACUGAUAUUGAAGCGAUUUUUCAAAGAUUACGUAGUAUUCCGGCUAAUAAAGUAUGUUUCGACUGCAACGCCAAGAACCCUACGUGGUCGUCGGUGACGUACGGAGUGUUCAUCUGCCUGGACUGCUCAGCUGUUCACCGCAGCCUCGGCGUGCACCUCACGUUCGUACGUUCCACACAACUCGACACAAAUUGGACAUGGAAGCAACUAAGAAACAUGCAGUUAGGCGGGAACAUCAAUGCAACGCAGUUCUUCCGCACACAUGGUCUAGUGACGGAUGACGCGCGACAGAAGUACAGUUCUCGCGUGGCACAGAUGUACCGUGACAAACUAAAUGUUAACUCUGAGCAGGCCAUGAAGACAUAUGGAACCAGGUUGCACUUGGAUCCAACACCCACAGAAGUGAAGGAGAACAAGGAGCCCGAGGUAGACUGGUUUGCCGAGCAUGGAGACACUACUGACACUAACACUAAUGAGCUUGCCUCGCCUGCACAGUUAUUAGCGAGUAAGCAGGAGCCGCUCAGCUCGGAGGCUCGCCUGUGGGACUCGGGCGUCAACAGCGGCGGGGACGCGCCGCGGGUGUCUUCCAUCGGGGCCAGGAAACCGGCCGCCAAACGCAGCGGGAUCGGCGCCCGUAAAGGAGGUCUUGGUGCGACUAAAGUAGCCGCAAACUUCGACGACAUUGAGCGCGAGGCCAUCAUGGCCGAGAAACUGAAGACGGAGUCUGCGGCGGGCUCCGGCAGCGGCACCACAAUAGAGGCGGUGGAGCAGGAGGUGGCGUCGCUGCGGCUAGCAUACGGCCCGCCGGCUCCCUCGCGCGGGACCUCCAACGCCAGCGCAGCCGUCGCCGAGCGCCUCGGCAUCGCAGGCACCACCAGAGUCGCGCGCGCAGGCGUGUCCCACUCUGCGACGUCGGACAUGACCAUCAUCCAGCAGGAGGGCGCGCCGCCCGCCUCCUCCGCGCGGGAACACCUCGACGACAUCGACGACUUCAACUCCGUGUUCACCAUGAUCAGAAACGAGCCGUACAGCACUAGUCGAGGACUGGACUCGAUGCUGGGCGACAGCGGCCGCAAGAACCUCAGCUCGUCGUGGGAGAACAUCGAGCCGGAGCCGCAGCGCGCCGUGCACACGAUGUUCUCGGGCGAGUCCCCGGGCUCCGCCCCCGCCCCCGCCCCCGCCCCCGCAGCCCCGCCCUCCCGCGCGCGAGGUCGCCGCGCCGACCCGGAGGACGACUCGGCCGUCAAGAAGUUCGGCUCCGCGAAGGCCAUCAGCUCGGCGCAGUUCUUCGGCGAGCAGGACUCCCGGUGGGAGCGGGACUCGAACCUGUCGCGGUUCCAGGGCAGCACCAGCAUAUCCUCGGCGGACUACUUCGGCGGCGACCGCCCGCAGCGGCAGCAGGCCGCCUUCUCUGUCAACGCGCCGGAUCUUGAUGAGGUGCGGGAGUCGGUCCGGGCGGGGGUGACCCGGGUGGCGGGGCGGCUGUCGUCGCUGGCCACCGGCGUGGUGUCCUCGCUGCAGGAGCGGUACGGGUACUGAUGCCGCUCCCACACCCACACCCACGGCCACUACUCCCUACAUACCAUCCACAGCCUCUAGUUAUAUCUUCAAUCAUUUCAUAACAUUACAUUAUUUCAUUACGACUUGAACAUAUAAGUCACACGAUGACGUUAUGUCCGUAAAACUGUCGACGCAUGUAUGCCAGUCCAAUUAAUUAAAAAAAGAAACAUUAAUAAAUAUUUCCAUUCAACGUUUCUUCCCAUAUUUUUUUAUGGAUGAAAAUGGAAUGGUACACCCGCCUGCGCUAACAGUUUACGCUGGCGGGGCACCAGUGGAGGAUGAUGAGAUGAGCAUGAAGUUAGGUCAGUUAGCCCAUCUGACAAAUUCUCCAAAAAUUUGUCAUGGUGGUUACCAAGGAGAACCGCGUGGUCAACCUGACAUGGUACAUUGCUAGCAACGGAAUUAUUACACAUUACUAACAAUCAUUUCCCCCUUCUUCCCAUAUUACAUAUCCCAUAGAUCCUCUGUAUAUAUAGCACUGUAUAUAAAGUAUAUACAUACGUGAAGUUAACUACAAUCAUAGUAUAUGUAUUAGAGAAAUAAACCAGGUAGAAGUAACACAUCAAAAUGUCUUUCUACCAUCAUAACAUGUGUGAUCCACAUAAUUGCGCGUGGAUUACGAAUAAGGGCUGUACAAAUUAACGAGCAUUUAAAAAACAUUAUCUAUGACACCCAUGAUAAGAGCAUGGUUGUCCAAUGCAAAUUGAAAUUCAAAAUAUCAAUAUUCAUGUAGGUCUAUUACAGACUCUUAUGAUAUGUCAAAUCUACCGUCAGUUCGGAAUG